UACCAUAACUUCAUGUCUUCCUCACCACCACACAAUGUCUUACACGUGUUUAUAAAUACAUAUGUACAUGUACGUAUCUGUAUCUCCUUGUUCCUCUGUUUCUCCCUCUGCCUUGACUUCCGCCUAAUCGCAGAAGAAGAGGAAACAAAAACCAGAACACAGAUCUUCGAGUAUCGGCGCCGGAAUUAGCUCGCCGGGAAAUGGGGAAAGCUAGAGGAGUUAACAGCGGCGCUGGAGAGAGCUCGCUAGGUUACCUUUUUGGAUCCGUUGAGUCUGUUUCCAAACCGAACAUGCCCACCACCACAACACCAACCACCACCACCGGAGAUAAAGCCAAGACGGAGGAGGCGGACAAGAAACAGAUGUCGGCAGGUGUGAGAGGAAGCCCUAAUAAUUACAUUAGAACAGAGGGACAAAACUGUGGCAACUUCCUCACGGAACGACCAUCGACGAAGGUUCAUGCAGCACCAGGUGGAGGAUCUUCUCUGGGUUACUUGUUUGGAUCUGGAUCUGGCAAAUGAUUUGCUUCUGCAGCGUUGAAGAAAGUGUAAAAAAAUUGUAACUUUAUUUCAUAUCGUGGUGAUCAAUGUUAUGUUCAUGAGGAUUGUUUUGGAUUUGACCAUUUUCUUAUGUUCUUGCAAAAAGGAUUUGUCUAUCAAUGGUUCAAAGCUAGAAACUUUCUUUAA